AAUUAGAAAAGGCGGAAAAGCAAAACCCGUUUCUCUCCUCCAUUUCUGUGCCUGGUGCUUACGGAGAAAGAUGAGGUGACCAUCUCUCUCCUAAACGGCGUAACGGACAUCCGAAAAGCGCCGUGAGUAGGAGUCACGUGGCCUGGCUGGAAAAAGAUGGGCAUAGAGGAGCAAUUAUCGUUGGGACAGAAUAGAAACCCAGGUGAGGGCGAAGCAGACGGAAAGAGCAACGGCGUGGAUGGUAGGGCGGAGGGCGGAGAUGAGGGAGGGAAAGCGCCGAGACUGCCUCGGUGGACAAGACAAGAGAUUCUGGUUCUGAUACAGGGAAAGAGAGACGCAGAGAAUAAGUUUAGGAGGGGUCGCACAGCCGGAUUGGCAUUCGGGUCGGGUCAGGUGGAGCCUAAAUGGGCAUCCGUCUCUUCUUACUGCAGAAAGCACGGAGUGAACAGGGGUCCAGUUCAGUGCCGGAAAAGGUGGAGCAAUUUGGCCGGAGACUACAAGAAGAUCAAAGAAUGGGAGUCUCACAUAAGGGAGGAGUCGGAAUCCUUUUGGGUCAUGAGAAACGAUUUAAGGAGAGAGAGGAAAUUGCCCGGAUUUUUCGACAAGGAGGUCUAUGAUAUUCUAGACUCAGGCACUGCCUCGCAACUUCCCGCUUUAGCUCUAUCUCUUUCAUCGCCCAAUGACAACAAAGACAAGGACAUCAAAGACAAGGACAGCAAAGCUGAGGAGCCACACCUCUACGACAGUAAUCGCAACACCGCUGGUGACGAUGGCUUGUUCUCCGACUUUGAACAAGAAGAAGUGGGUGCCACUCCCGAUAAGAAGGACAUUCCUAUUCCUUCUCCCAUUCCUAUCUCAGAGAAGCAAUAUCAACCCCUCCUCCGUGCCUGCCAAGGUCAAGGUGUGAGUAACGAGAAACAGCCUACUUCAAAUCCAGAAAUGGGUUCCACAUCUCAAGGAGAGCGGAAAAGGAAGCGGCUAGCAACUGAUGGAGAGGAGGAAACUUUGCAAUAUCAGCUAAUUGAUGUCUUAGAAAGAAACGGCAAGAUGCUAAGUUCUCGACUUGAAGCUCAAAACAUAAAUUUCCAGCUGGACCGCGAACAGCGGAAAGACCAUGCAAGUAACUUGGUUGCAGUGCUUGAUAAGCUUGCAGAUGCUCUAGGGAGAAUCGCUGAUAAAUUGUAGUGCAAGAACAAUCAGAAUACAGUGUACAUAACAUUUGGAAUCCUGUAGAUAAUAGUGGUUUCUGUUAUUUAUCUCGGGAUGUCUUCACACUUUUUUCACGUUUGUUUUCCUUUCUAGACAUGCCAUAUUUUUGUGCUGCCAAUUUAGGAUUUUGUACACACAUUUGGACUGCGGCUCUUGCUCUCCCUCUGUCUUACUGCCAUUAUUAAUGUGCAUGGGGAUGGGGUUAUGCGAAUCUUUCUUUCUAUGGGGAGUAAUGAUGCCAUCUCCCUCUCUCUAGCUGGGCUUUCUUAUUUAAAUAAUUUAAAUUAAAAAAUAAAUUC